AUGUCGCUGUGUACCGUGAAGUCACACUACCGCAAGUAUUUGAAAUGGUUAUUACCCCCGAAGGCCGACUGGGAUCCAGGUGUUUGCUUCUUUCGCUUCUGCUCCUCGCAGCCUGGGACGGGGAGCGGCCAUACCCACUACUCGGUCCCCGAGGAGGCCAAACACGGCACCUUCGUGGGCCGCAUCGCCCAGGACCUGGGGCUGGAGCUGGCCGAGCUGGUGCCGCGCCUGUUCCGGAUGGCGUCCAAAGGCGGCGGGGACCUUCUGGAGGUAAACCUGCAGAAUGGCAUUUUGUUUGUGAAUUCUCGGAUCGACCGGGAGGAGCUGUGCGGGCGGAGCCUGGAGUGCAGCAUCCACCUGGAGGUGAUCGUGGAGCGGCCGCUGCAGGUGUUCCACGUGGAGGUGGAGGUGAAGGACAUUAACGACAACCCGCCUGUGUUCCCAGUAAAAGAACAAAGAGUGUUGAUUUACGAGUCUAGGCUGCCAGAUUCCUUGUUUCCACUAGAGGGCGCGUCGGAUGCAGAUGUGGGCUCAAAUUCUAUCCUAACCUACAAACUCAGUUCCAACGAAUAUUUCGCUCUAGAUGUGAAAAAAAACAGUGAUGACAGUACGCAAAUUGGACUCCUGUUAAGGAAAUCCUUGGACAGAGAGGAAACUCCCGAACAUAACUUAUUCCUCAUGGCCACUGACCAAGGCAAACCUGAGCUCACUGGCACUGUUCAGCUGCUGGUCACUGUACUGGAUGUGAAUGACAAUGCUCCCAGUUUUGGGCAGUCUGAAUAUGAAGUAAAAAUAUUUGAAAACUCAGAUGAUGGAACAAUAGUUAUCAGACUGAAUGCUUCUGAUAGGGAUGAAGGAUCGAAUGGGGAGAUUUCAUACUCUUUUAAUAGUCUUGUUCCACCCAUAGUUACUAACAAGUUUAGAAUAGAUUCAAAUACUGGAGAAAUAGUAAUUCAAGGGAAUUUAGAUUUUGAAAAAGAAAAUUUAUACAAAAUCCGGGUUGAUGCGACAGACAAAGGCCACCCUCCCAUGGCUGGUCAUUGCACAGUUUUAGUGAAAGUUUUGGAUAAAAAUGAUAACGUCCCUCAGAUUGCAUUAACUUCCUUAUCCUUGCCUGUCCGAGAGGACGCUCAAUUUGGAACUGUCAUUGCCCUAAUUAGCGUAUCCGAUCUUGACUCAGGUGCCAAUGGGCAGGUGACCUGCUCGCUGAUGCCCCACAGCCCCUUCAAGCUGGUGUCCACCUUCAAGAAUUACUAUUCGCUGGUGCUGGACGGCACCUUGGACCGCGAGAGCGUGGCGAGCUACGAGCUGGUGGUGACCGCGCGGGACGGCGGCUCGCCUUCGCUGUGGGCCACGGCCAGCGUGUCGGUGGAGGUGGGCGACGUGAACGACAACGCGCCGGUGUUCGCGCAGCCCGAGUACACGGUGUUCGUGAAGGAGAACAACGCGCCCGGCUGCCACAUCUUCACGGUGUCGGCGCGCGACGCGGACGCGCAGGAGAACGCGCGGGUGGCCUACUCGCUGGUGGAGCGGCGGGUGGGCGAGCGCGCGCUGUCGAGCUACGUGUCGGUGCACGCGGAGAGCGGCAAGGUGUUCGCGCUGCAGCCGCUGGACCGCGAGGAGCUGGAGCUGCUGCAGGUCGGGGUGAGCGCGCGCGACGCGGGCGCGCCGCCUCUGGGCAGCAACGUGACGCUGCAGGUGUUCGUGCUGGACGAGAACGACAACGCGCCGGCGCUGCUGCCGCCGCCGCCGCCGUCGCCUUGGGCGCCGCCCGGGUGGCCCGGGGGCGCGGGCGGCGGGGCGGGCGUGGUGAGCCAGCGGGUGGCGCGGUGGGUGGGCGCGGGCCAGGUGGUGGCGAAGGUGCGCGCGGUGGACGCGGACUCGGGCUACAACGCGUGGCUGUCGUACGAGCUGCAGGAGGCGGCGUCGGGGGCGGCGUCGGGGGGCGCGCGGAGCGCGUUCCGCGUGGGGCUGUACACGGGCGAGAUCAGCACGACGCGCGCCCUGGACGAGGCGGACGCGGCGCGCCAGCGCCUGCUGGUGCUGGUGAGGGACCACGGCGAGCCGGCGCUGACGGCCACGGCCACCGUGCUGCUGUGGCUGGAGGACGGCGGCCCGGCGCCCAAGGCGUCCUCGCGGCGGGUGGUGGGCCCCGCGGCGGCGGAGGCGGCGCUGGUGGACGUGCACGUGUACCUGGUGGUGGCGAUCUGCGCGGUGUCGAGCCUGCUGGUGCUGACGCUGCUGGUGUACACGGCGCUGCGGUGCUCGGCGCCGCGCGGCGAGGGCGCGUGCGUGCCCGGGCAGGCGCGGCUGGUGUGCUCGAGCGCGGUGGGCAGCUGGUCUUCGUCUCCGCGGCGGCGGCGGCGGCAGCGGCAGCAGGUGUGCUCUGGGGAGGGGCCACCCAAGGCCGACCUCAUGGCCUUCAGCCCCAACCUGCCUCCGUGUCCAGUAGUGGCAGAUAUGGGCGAGCAUCAGGAUUUAAAUGCUGAUCAUUGUUCCACGCCUGGGACCGGGAGCGGCCAGGUCCACUACUCAGUCCCCGAGGAAGCCAAACACGGCACCUUCGUGGGCCGCAUCGCCCAGGACCUGGGGCUGGAGCUGGCCGAGCUGGUGCCGCGCCUGUUCCGGGUGACGUCCAAAAGCCGCGGGGACCUUCUGGAGGUAAAUCUGCAGAAUGGCAUUUUGUUUGUGAAUUCUCGGAUCGACCGGGAGGAGCUGUGCGGGCGGGGCUUGGAGUGCAGCAUCCACCUGGAGGUGAUCGUGGAGCGGCCGCUGCAGGUGUUCCACGUGGAGGUGGAGGUGAGGGACAUUAACGACAACCCGCCUGUGUUCCCCGGAACACAAAAGAAUCUGUUCAUCGCGGAAUCCAGGCCGCUUGACUCUCGGUUUCCACUAGAGGGCGCCUCGGAUGCAGAUAUCGGCCAGAACGCGCUGCUGACUUACAGGCUGAGCUCCAAUGACUAUUUCUCUCUGGAUGUGCCGGCCGGCGACCAAGAGGUGACACCGCUGGGGCUUGUGCUGCGGAAACCUUUAGACAGGGAAGAGUCUCCGGAACUUCAGUUAGUGCUCACGGCUACCGACAGAGGCAAACCCGAGCUGACUGGCACCGCCCAGGUACUCGUCAAAGUGUUGGACGCCAACGACAACGCCCCAGUCUUCGACAGAACUCUGUACGCGGUGAAAUUACCGGAGAACGUGCCUAAUGGGACGUUGGUGAUGAAGCUCAACGCCUCAGAUUUGGACGAAGGCUCGAAUGGGGAUAUUAUUUAUUCAUUCUCUAGCGACCUAUCUCCAGGCUUGAAAUCCAAGUUCUCCAUAGACCCCCUAAGCGGGGAAAUUACGGUAACAGGACCCAUCGAUUUUGAAGAGAGGAAAGCCUACAAAAUUCGAGUAGAGGCGACGGAUAAAGGUCACCUGCCACUGGCUGGUCACUGUACAGUUCUUGUGGAAGUUGUGGACGCUAAUGACAAUGCUCCAGAGAUGACUAUGACUUCUCUGUCUCUUCCUAUCUCAGAGAAUGCUGAGCCUGGCACAGUCAUCACCUUGAUUAACGUGUUUGAUCAAGAUUCUGGUGCUAACGGGCAAGUGACCUGCUCUCUGACGCCCCAUGUCCCCUUCAAGCUGGUGUCCACCUUCAAGAAUUACUAUUCGCUGGUGCUGGACGGCACCUUGGACCGCGAGAGCGUGGCGAGCUACGAGCUGGUGGUGACCGCGCGGGACGGCGGCUCGCCUUCGCUGUGGGCCACGGCCAGCGUGUCGGUGGAGGUGGGCGACGUGAACGACAACGCGCCGGUGUUCGCGCAGCCCGAGUACACGGUGUUCGUGAAGGAGAACAACGCGCCCGGCUGCCACAUCUUCACGGUGUCGGCGCGCGACGCGGACGCGCAGGAGAACGCGCGGGUGGCCUACUCGCUGGUGGAGCGGCGGGUGGGCGAGCGCGCGCUGUCGAGCUACGUGUCGGUGCACGCGGAGAGCGGCAAGGUGUUCGCGCUGCAGCCGCUGGACCGCGAGGAGCUGGAGCUGCUGCAGGUCGGGGUGAGCGCGCGCGACGCGGGCGCGCCGCCUCUGGGCAGCAACGUGACGCUGCAGGUGUUCGUGCUGGACGAGAACGACAACGCGCCGGCGCUGCUGCCGCCGCCGCCGCCGUCGCCUUGGGCGCCGCCCGGGUGGCCCGGGGGCGCGGGCGGCGGGGCGGGCGUGGUGAGCCAGCGGGUGGCGCUGGUGGGCGCGGGCCAGGUGGUGGCGAAGGUGCGCGCGGUGGACGCGGACUCGGGCUACAACGCGUGGCUGUCGUACGAGCUGCAGGAGGCGGCGUCGGGGGCGGCGUCGGGGGGCGCGCGGAGCGCGUUCCGCGUGGGGCUGUACACGGGCGAGAUCAGCACGACGCGCGCCCUGGACGAGGCGGACGCGGCGCGCCAGCGCCUGCUGGUGCUGGUGAGGGACCACGGCGAGCCGGCGCUGACGGCCACGGCCACCGUGCUGCUGUGGCUGGAGGACGGCGGCCCGGCGCCCAAGGCGUCCUCGCGGCGGGUGGUGGGCCCCGCGGCGGCGGCGGAGGCGGCGCUGGUGGACGUGCACGUGUACCUGGUGGUGGCGAUCUGCGCGGUGUCGAGCCUGCUGGUGCUGACGCUGCUGGUGUCCACGGCGCUGCGGUGCUCGGCGCCGCGCGGCGAGGGCGCGUGCGUGCCCGGGCAGGCGCGGCUGGUGUGCUCGAGCGCGGUGGGCAGCUGGUCUUCGUCUCCGCGGCGUUGGCGGCGGCAGCGGGUGUGCUCUGGGGAGGGGCCGCCCAAGGCCGACCUCAUGGCCUUCAGCCCCAGCCUGCCUCCGUGUCCACUACCAGAUGGGGAAGUCGGGGAGCAGUCUACUGGAGGCGACACUUCUAGCAAGGUAGAAACAGACUCUUUCCACCACCUACCAUUUAGUUGA